AUGGCGAGUGCAGAAGGGCGAUACUAUGAGGCGGAGUUUCCCGAGCUUGAGGAGAUCGUAGUCGUGCAGGUGAAGCGCAUCGUUGACAUGGGCUCCUACGUCUCCCUUCUCGAGUACGACAAUCAUGAGGGCAUGCUCCUGAAUAGCGAGCUUUCGAAGCGGCGGAUCCGAUCGUUGGCCAAGCUAGUGAAGGUUGGAAAGACCGAAAUCUGCAUGGUGCUGCGCGUAGACCAGGAGAAGGGCUACGUGGACUUGUCCAAGCGACGAGUAGAACCCGAGGAUGCCACCGCCAAGGAGGAGUCCUUCGCAAAAGCCAAGGCUGUGCACGGCAUCAUGAGGCACGUGGCUCAGACACACCAGAUCCCGGUCAACGAGUUGUGCUGCAAGGCCUCCUGGCCCCUUUACAAGAAGUACAACAACGCUUUUGAGGCUUACAAGAAGCACAUCAACCAGGAGAUCAAUCUGUGGGACGAGAUUGAUUUCAGCCAGCCAGGCAUGGACCUCACACACCUGGCAGACAAGAUCAAGGAGGAUAUCGAAACCAACCUCAAGAGAAGGCUGAUCCAAGCCACGAUCCGACUCCGAGCGAAAAUCGAGGUCUCCUGCUCCGAAUACGAGGGCGUCGAUGCUGUGAAGGAAGCUUUGACGGAGGGCUUCAAGGCCAGCACGGAGGAGUGCGAGGUCAAGAUCAAUCUUGUAGCUCAUCCGCUGUUUGUCCUGACCUGCAUAUGCCGGGAUAAGCCCACGGGCAUGGCAGUUCUCGAAGAUGCCAUGGAGAGGAUCAAGACCUCGAUCGAAGAGAAGAAGGGCGAGUACCUGACCGUGCUCAAGCCCGAGGUCACUGGCCAGGAGGAGAAGCAUGCCGAAGAGUCGAGUGAUGAGGAAGACUCUGAGGAUGAAGAGGCCGGCAGUGACCAGGAAGCCAUGCCUGAGUUGGACCAGGCGGCCAUGGAUGCCCUGAUGCAGAAGAAGGUUGAUGGCGAUGACGACGCCUAA